UCAUUUCACAAAACGUUAUCUCGAAAUAAAACUGUUGAUCAAAGAUAUAAAGAGGAUACUACCUCUUUAAUAGGCUACAAAAAUAAUAACUUUGCAUCUUCUCAUGUUUCUUUGUCAGAUAAUGAAAGUGACAUUGACAUUUACGGAGAUGAUAUCUCUUCACCACUUCCCGGAAAUGGUAUCUCUUUGUCAGUUUAUAGAAAUGAUAGUUCUUCAACAGUUCGCGGAAAUGAUAUCUCUUCAUCAGUUCAUGAAAACAAUAUCUCUUCACCAGCUUAUGUCUCUUCACCAGCUCACAGAAAUAUCUCUUCAUCAGUUCACGAAAAUGAUAUUUCUUUGCCAGUUUACGAAAACAAUAUUUCUUUGCCAAAUUACAGAAAUGGUAACAUUAUUACCUUAAAUUUGGCAACUAAUAUUAGAAAUGGGAUGAUGACAAGAAUAGAUGAAGUGUCUAAUGCAACUUCAACAUCUACUCUAUCACGUGAACCUGUAUUAAAACUUCUAGAAAUUGAUCAAUUAGAUGAAUUUGUUUCUAACGAAGUAUGGAACCUGUUACUGCAAAUGCAUCUAAGGGCAACUGAUCAAGCAAAGUUAAACAAAAAUGCUGAAACUUUAAAAGCGCUUGGUGUUUUUGUAUGCCAGAUUAUUAAAGCCAUUCUAAUUGCUCAAGACAAUCAUAAGAAUACACAAAAUAUCAUCUGA